AUGGGUGUCCAAGGACUCUGGACUAUCGUCCAACCUUGUGCCCGACCCGUGAAGCUCGAGACUCUUAAUCGGAAACGACUGGCUGUCGAUGCGUCCAUCUGGAUCUACCAGUUCUUAAAAGCCGUCCGCGAUAAAGAAGGGAACGCUCUUCGCAACUCGCAUAUUGUCGGAUUCUUUCGUCGGAUAUGCAAACUUCUCUACUUCGGCAUCAAGCCCGUUUUCGUGUUUGAUGGUGGCGCCCCGGUCCUCAAGCGACAAACCAUCGCGAACCGGAAAAAAAGGCGAGAGGGGCGCAGGGAAGAUGCAGUGCAGACGGCGAGUAAGCUACUUGCUGUGCAGUUGCAACGCACAGCCGAGCAAGAAUCAGCUAAGCGCAGGAGCCGGAGGCAGGAGAACGAGGAAGACGUUCCAGAUAAUCCGGUGUACGUUGAGGAGACGUUCAUGACAGACAAGCAAAAACAACAGUCGCGGACUUUCAAGAAGAAAGAUGCCUAUCAUUUACCGGAUAUGCAGGUCUCGCUUCAAGAAAUGGGAGCCCCGAAUGAUCCGCGUAUUAUGUCGCAAGAAGAGCUAGAAGAGUAUGCGCGCCAGUUUCACCAGGGUGAAGACAUCAAUCUUUACGAUUUCUCCAAAAUCGACUUUGAUAGUCCUUUCUUUCUCAGCUUACCCGCUACUGAUCGCUACAACAUCUUGAAUGCCGCGAGACUUCGCAGUCGGCUGCGUAUGGGAUACUCCAAAGAACAGCUGGAUACGAUGUUCCCUGACCGGAUGGCUUUCUCCAAAUUCCAGAUCGAGCGUGUGAAGGAACGAAAUGAUCUGACCCAGCGUCUCAUGAACAUUAACGGUAUGAACGGAGAUGAGGCUUUUUAUAAAUCCGGUCAGAGGAUUGCAGGUGAGCGUGGCAAGGAAUACGUGCUCGUACAAGACAACUCUGUCGAAGGCGGCUGGGUAUUAGGUGUUGUAGGUAACAAGGAAGGUGGUCGGGAAGAAAAGCCUAUCGACGUUGACCGAUAUUUUCAUCAUGAAAUCACACCGGAGCCCGAGGCUUCGGAGGAUGAAGGGGGCUUCGAGGAUGUGCCCAUCGAGGGUCUCAACCGCCUUCCAAAGCUUUCAUUUCUGCAACCAGGCGUGUUUGAUGAUUCACUAAGGCAGCACAUACAAGGGUCCCAAGGGCAGGAUGCAGGGGCCGAUUCCCUUUUUGUCGAAGAUUUCAACAAUGCUCAACACACUGGCGAUGUUUUUGAUGGCGCCGCUGCAAGUGAGGAUGAAGAUUUGCAAAGGGCAAUUGCAAUGUCCCUACAGUCCCCGAAUCAUAUGGACCACGACGCAGAAAUGCCGGAAAUUCCUGUCAACCGGGCCACUUCGCUGGAACCUCAAAGCAAACCAGCAGUUGAACCUACUAUUGAGAGCGACGACGAAUUAGAUUUUGUAGCCGCUGUGGCCCAAUCGAAGCGGACCAAGGCGCCUGCUAAACCUGCUCCGACCCAAACUUUCGAGGGCCCGCUGCCUUUUGAAACUCUCAAGCACCGCAAGCCUCUCAACGUGAAGAAACCAGAACCAGUCGAGAAUGAUGCAGGUGGUUUCGAGAAGGGACCAUCAAAGGAGGCCAAGGAAAAUGUGCCUUUACCACCGUGGUUUUCCGGCCCCCAGCAGAAUUCGGAGUUCAUCGCUGAUCAGAAUGACAACGACUUGGAUAACUAUCGCGACAGGGCCAUGACACCAGGCCAUUUAUUUUUGCGUAAUCAUCGAUCACCUAGUGUAAUAGACGUGGACAAAUUCCCCGAGAGCAAGGUCAUCGAUCUUGACCCAGCGCCUGAGGCUGAUAAGGAAACUGCGCCGGCCCAACCAGCUGAACUGAAAGAGAUUCAAACACCUCCCGAGCCACCAAAACCAGAGUCGCCGGAUCACAGAGCCUCUGUAGCUCUUGAAGCCAAAGUUGCAAAGGAUGGAGACGUAGCCGAAUCGGUGCAGACUGACGGUGAGGAAUCCGUGCGGUCUAGUUCUCCGGAAUUUGAAGACGUCACUGUGCAACCGGUGGAAGCCGUCCCCGCUGCAGAAAGGGAACGAUCACUAGAGUUUGAAGACGUGCACCUGCCAGCGGAAGAACACGUCGGUGAUGGCGAGAAGACUGGACGAUUAUCGCCAGAAUUCGAAGAUGUUCCAAUACAGCAAGUGCCCAGUGCGCUUCAUGAGGUUGGGCUCGCUCAAGCUGUUGAUAUCGACGAUGAAGGCUUCUCGGAUCCGGAAGACGAAGAGCUCAUGAGACAGCUCGCUGCCGAAGGCGAGGAACAUGUUAGGUUUGCAGCAACCUUGAACUCAGCCCCACAUAGUGAAGGCACAUUCGACUACGAACAAGAACUCAAACAGCUGCGCUCGCAGCAGAAGAAAGACCGCAGAGACGCCGACGAGGUUACGCAAAUCAUGAUUACAGAGUGUCAGCAGCUUUUGAGAUUGUUCGGACUACCGUAUAUCACAGCGCCCAUGGAGGCGGAGGCCCAAUGCGCGGAACUGGUCUCGUUAGGACUUGUGGACGGCAUUAUCACGGAUGACAGUGAUAUCUUCCUGUUCGGUGGCACCCGAGUCUACAAAAAUAUGUUCAACCAGAGCAAAUACGUUGAGUGUUAUCUCACUGCGGAUCUGGAGAAGGAGUAUGCUCUCCAUCGACGGAAACUGAUUAGCUUCGCACAUCUUCUUGGGAGCGACUAUACAGAAGGAAUUCCCGGCAUAGGACCAGUGACAGCGCUGGAGAUUCUGACCGAAUUCUCCAGCCUUGAGGAAUUCCGGGACUGGUGGACGCAGGUACAGACAGGGGCAGAUAUGUCGAACAGCAGCCAUGCGGCUUUCUACAAAAAGUUCAGGAAACAGGCUACGAAGAUUUUUCUACCGCCUACCUUCCCGGACGCGCGAGUCGAUGCAGCUUACCUCGAGCCGGAAGCGGACAGGGACCCUUCACCCUUUCAGUGGGGCGUGCCUGAUCUACAUGGACUCCGAAACUUCCUGAUGGCGACUAUUGGCUGGAGUCAGGAACGAACUGAUGAAGUCCUCGUGCCCGUGAUUCGUGACAUCAAUCAGAGAGAACAGGAGGGGACCCAGAGUAAUAUCACCAGUUUCUUCAGUGGACCUCAAGGAGCAGGAGCAUUCGCACCACGCGUCCGGUCCGGUGGCCAGAGCAGGAUGGAAAAGGCUUUUAGCCGCCUUCGACGGGAGGCUGGAGCUGAUCAGGACGCAGAGCUAGUUGAUGUGGAAACCGAUCCUAGCUCUCAGGAUCUGUCUGCUUUACCAGCCCGGCGGAAGGGCAAGGGGACGCGCAAAGGCGCCAAGCGGGGUGCUGAACCAGAAGAGGCUGCAGAGAACGGCCAGGGUAGUAGAGAGAAUGACGGUGCGACGGCCAAGAAGAGACGAGGCCGGAAGGAAGCAAAGACAUGA